UUUAAAUAUGAUUAGAGAGCCAUACUUAUAAUAUUCAUAAGAAUGUGGUCCAUUUGAUGCAGUCACAGAGUGAAGUAUAUGACACAUGUAAUUGGGAGAAUAUAUUUGGCUAAGAAAUAAAAAAGCUGUCUUUCCAAAAUAGAAAAGCUCCUAAGAAAGGACGUGUAACUCAGAAUAGGUAAACAUAUUUGACAAAUUAUGAAAUUCAAUAUUACGGACAGCGAAGAAAAAAAAUAGGACGUGGCUAUUCUUAAGAAGAAAAAAAAUGGAGAGCGAGGAAAAAGCAGCAGCGAAGGGGUUGUGGCAACAGCAGCGUAGAGAAACUAAAAUAAAAGAAAACGGAAAAUGAAAAUUUCUAAAGAUAAGAAACGAGAACGGGAAAAUCGGGGUCGUGAGAAAAAGAGCAGGGCUAAAAUGGGUUGUGGCAGUGUAUAUAAAAGAGCGGAUUGUAAUGAACAAAGUUGCAUAUCGUUGCCACCCUUGGUUCACUAAUUGCCAAGGCGUUUCUGCAAUCCUUGACUCCAGGGUAAAGGAAUAAGGGGAAAAUGGCGAAGAUAUCAUUAGUUUUGGUGUUUUCGGUGGUGUUGGCUCUGCCAUUCGUUUUGGGCCAGGAAGAUGAUUGGAAGAAUCUAUUGGAUCAGGGAGGCCUCUCCCAAGACGCAUUGGACCAGGCCCAGCAAGCUAUUGGUGGGGGCACCACCCAGGAUGCUGUCAGUGAUUACUUCGGUUCAGCCCUAAGUGGCGCCUCCUCUGGCUCUGGCUCUGGCUCUUCUUCUUCCUCUUCCUACGAUGACGCCGAUGAAGGCCAAGGAACAUCCUUGGCCGACUUUUUAGACACCGACAGUAGUGCAAGUGCAAGCCACGAAACGGAAAUUUCACCCGCGGGAUCGAUGUCAGAAACGGAAAUUUCACCCGCGGGAUCAAUGGCAGAAACGGAAAUUUCACCCGCGGGAUCAAUGGCAGAAACGGACAUUUCACCCGCGGGAUCAAUGGCAGAUUCACCAGUUGGAGCACCAGAUGCUUUACCUGAAGAUGAAGAUGAAGACGAGGACGAGGACGAUGAAGAUGAGGACGAGGAUAUUUCUCCCGCAGGUGCACCGGAAGGUUCUUUCUCACCUGCAGAGGCACCGGUAGAGUCAGACGAUGAAGCAUCUACCGAAGCACCAACGACUGCGCCAGCGGAAGCACCAACAAGAACACCCGAAUUCGAUGAUGAUUCUGAGGAAGGUGAAGGGGCACCGACAAGUGCACCAACAAGUGCACCUACGGGGGAACCAGACAGUGAUGAUGAAGAGUUUGAAGAUUCAGACUCUUCUUCUUCACCGAGCAAUGCUCCCGCACAGGCACCUAAAGGGGAACCAUUAGACGAGUGAUAAGAAAAGAAUGUUAUUGAGAUGAACAAUUAUAUACAUUUCCUUGCCAACUGAGACAGUGUAUAGUGGAAGGGUGAUAUCUGUGUUGAGAAUUGAUUUGGAGUGUGACAUAACAACACCUACGCCCUUCAA